AUGAGUAACGUUGUAAUUACAUCCAGUACAUUUGUGCGGCAUCUCUCCCGCUCCACACUUCGCAAAUUAGCAGAUUUCCUGGAUCCAGGUGAUACAUGGAAGAGGGUUUUGGAGGAAAUACACAAACCAUCGGGCGAACCUCGGUACACCCAGCUUCAUCUAAGACGGUUUGAGGGAUUGGUGGCUCAAGGGAAAAGUCCUACGAUUGAGCUGCUGUAUGACUGGGGGACUACCAACUGCACUGUGGGAGAACUUGUAGACAUUCUCUUGAAACACCAGUUGUUUGCCCCAGCAAGUGUCUUACUGCCAGAUGUAUGUACAAACCACAAAGCAAAGGUGCAUCAUGCUUCUCCGAGCCACCAGGAGACGGCGCAGCACCCAGGACCACUGGUUCUACAAAAAGGAGAGGAAGAGACACCUCUACCUGACAGCACCACAGAUCCAGAGGAGCACUCAGAGCUUAGUGACACGGGAUUUCUUAGGUUUACCUAUCAGGAGCUAAUGAAGAUUACUGGGAACUGGGAUGAACGGCCAGUAUCACAGGGAGGAUGCAGACUCGGAGAGGGUGGCUUUGGAAUUGUGUUUAAAGGCAUCCGCAGAGAUACAUACGUAGCGGUGAAGAAACUCCAUGCAAUGGAUGACAUCUCUCCUGAGGAACUAAAGAAUCAGUUCAGUCAAGAGAUUCAGACCCUGAUGGCAUUGAAACAUGAGAAUCUGGUUAAUAUGGUCGGGUUCUCUAGCGAUGGACAACAUCCUUGCUUAGUGUAUGCUUACAUGCCCAAUGGCUCAUUGCUCGAUCGCCUUGCCUGUCUGGAGGGAAGCCCACCUCUGUCUUGGCGUAAAAGGUGUGAAAUUGCUGUGGGAACAGCAAAGGGCUUGGAAUACCUACAUUGCAACCACCAUGUGCAUCGUGAUGUGAAGAGUGGAAACAUCUUGCUGGACAAAAUGUUUGUCCCAAAGAUCUCAGAUUUUGGUUUGACCCGCGCCUCAGCCAAACGCUCCUCUUCAACUGUGAUGACAGAGAGAAUCGUUGGGACCACAGCUUACAUGGCACCAGAGGCUCUGAGAGGGGAGAUCACCCCUAAAUCUGAUAUCUUCAGUUUCGGAGUGGUGUUGUUAGAAAUAAUAUCUGGCCUCCCACCCGUGGAUGAAAACCGUGAUCCACAGCUCCUGAUGGAGAUGAGGGAUGAAAUAGAUGAAGAAGAGAUGUCUCUGGAGGAGUUUGUUGAUAAGAAAAUGGGGGACUGGAACUUUACAGCCAUAGAAAAGAUUUACAGUGUUGCCAGCCAAUGUCUGAAUGACAAGAAGAACAGAAGACCACUCAUAAAAGAGGUACAGGAAUUGUCAACAGUCAAGAGUCUUACGGCAGAACUGAUUCCUGUAACAUAUCAAAUACAUAUUUGACCGUGGAUUGGUUGCAUUAGGAC